CUUGCUAAUUCUAGUAUUGUUGAUGUUCUACUGCUGCGCCAUCUAUUACUGUCCUGAUUUGCCUGUGUCCUGAUUUGCCGUUUCCGCCAUUUUCUGACCUGGAUUGCCGGUUUCUCCUAAAGCGAGUCUGCGUCCUCUGGUAAAGCCGGCAAGCACCUUUCGCGCAUGCGCUGUUGUUUGAAGCCGGUGCCUACUAGUCUGCUCGACCACGAGGCCGGACUACUCAGCGGAACUGGUCUGUGGUCUAUUAGUGGUUGGAAUUCCUAAGUGGGAAUCGCUGGAGUCCUCGUAGCACAAGGAAUUCGAUUUCGUCACAGCUACCGUGCAGACGGUAAGAGAUACGACUAAUAAACAGAACUGAGAAACAAUACACUGCGAUCUCACUAAAUAGAACCGGUAAAUACUUUAUUGUGGAUCAUCUUUUCCCUUGUGAACCACGGACCGAGGUACAUUUGUGCAGCGAUCUUCCUGCCACUUAUUCCUGGACGACUCCAUCUUAACUCGAGUGCUUCACAGAGAAUUUACAGUCGACUUAUAGGGUGCAGCAUGGCGCAUACACCAACAGGACAACAGAUAGACAGACUCCAAGAGAUUCUCGAUUCUCUUUUGGAAUCACCUAAUGCUCAGGUUCCUGUCAACCUUGAACUAGAACAACAAAGGACUGAUGGAAAUAUGUUGCCUGUUGAAAAUGUUGACAUGGGACAUGAUAUUGAAUUAAUGGGCUUUGGGCAUGUAAAGGCACAACUAGUUGCAGGCCCUGAGCAUCAGCUAAUUAAAGUUCGGGUCACUUCCAAAAAAUUGCUCCUUUUGUUUGCCAUAACACUUGUUGCAUAUCUGGGGGAAUUAGUCCAUAGCUGUGUCUUCAUGAGGGCAGAUUCCAGCAUGAUCUUUUUCUUCUAUCCAGCCAUGCUAGCUUUCUCCUGGGAAAGUGCUGAGGUUUGGCGCUCUCAAGUGUGCAGUGAUCAAAGUCUCAUGCAAGUUAUAACCUCAUUCUGGAGGAGGCUAGCCGACCUGCAUGAAAAGGAAAUCAGCCCCGGACCUGUAGAAUGUGUGUAAAUGCAUAUAAGUUUGCCAAAAUUGCCAUACUAGUUUAGAGAAAUAGUACUUAGAAAUAAACAGAUUUGUUACUUUUUGUAUUUUUUACAAAAGAUGAUCCCUAUCUGAGGUUCAAGUCAUUUUCAAUGUUCAUUUUUGAAUUGUAUC